GCGCCGCAGGAGCGGGACGGGACGAGACGGGACGGGGAGAGCAGCCGGGCUGCCCCCGGAGCCCGCCUCGCCAUGGCCCGCCAGCUCAUCGGCCCCGCGCUGCCGCCCGGCUUCCCGCGCCGCGCCGAGGCCGAGCCGGGCGAGGACUUCAGCCAGGCAGUGAAAUGUCCCUGUUCACCCCAUGAGGCAGACUGCUGCAGUGCAGAGGAAAAAAGAAGAGCAAUUGCAGGACCAGCACUGCCUCCAGACUACAAAAGCAGCUGUAGCUCAGAAACUCCUGACACUGACGACAGCUCAGAAUCUCUUCCUGUACCUAGAGACACAAACAGAGAUUCUGAAGAGGAGACAGGAGAUCCAGCACCCAAAAAGCCAAAAAGAAUUCAUGAAGACUAUGAUGAUGAUGAUGAUGGCUUUUUUGGGCCAGCUCUUCCUCCUGGAUUUAAAAAACAGGAUGAUUCUCCAGAGAGGCCCAUUAUAGGUCCUGCAUUACCACCUGGCUUUAAGAAAUCUUCAGAGGACACCGGGAGUAGCAGAUGCUUCAUAGGACCUUCGGUUUCAUCAGAAUCCCGUCCCCAGCUGACAGAUAGCGAGGAUGAAGACAAUUUUAUAGGCCCAAUGCCUGCAAAAGGACCAGUGGAAUCUGAUGUGGCUGAAGAGUUUGAACGCAGAGCUCAGAGAAUGAAAGAAAAGCUUACUUCAGCCGACAGUGAUGAACCUAAACAAGUUACCAGGGAAUCAUGGAUGACAGAGCUUCCACCUGAGUUGAAAAGCUUUGGAUUUGGCCCAAGAACAUUCAAAAGACGAACUGAUGACAAAUCAGGUGAUAGAUCUAUUUGGACAGAUACUCCAGCUGACAGAGAGAGAAAAGCCAAGGAAAGAGAAGAGGCAAAAAAGUCAAGCAGUAAAGAUAAUGAAGAAAUGGAGUUAUCUGGGAGGGACAAGAGGCUUAUUGAGCAGGUGACUUCGUACAAUGAGUCAAAGAGGUCAGAGUCUCUCAUGGACAUCCACCAGAAAAAGCUGAAGAGCAAAGCAUCUGAAGAAAAGAGCAAACCUCAGGAAAGAAGGCCAUUUGACCGAGAGCAGGAUCUCAAAGUCAAUCGCUUUGAUGAAGCACAAAAGAAAGCUCUUAUAAGAAAAUCCAGAGAUCUGAAUAGCAAAUUUGAGCACAGUAAAGGCAACAUGUUUUUAUAAAAUGAAAGCAUUAAGCUUUUUUGAAGUGAAGUCAAUUAAAAUUUGAAUACUUGAUUUUUGUAAGUAUUUUUCUGUAAAUAUUUGUAUGCAAAAUAAAUAUCCUGAUGUUUAACUAUUUUUCCUUGUCUGUAAAUACUCUCUUAAGGAGGAUCAUCUGUACUAAAACUAAACUAGUAGAGGUAUGAAAAAGAUAUAUAUAAAUUUGCUACUUUAAAACUCUGAAAUAUUUUUUGUUGUUGUUAUUGUUAGCAUAAAAAUAAUUAAUUAAAAUAGGUUGAGUUUUUGAGGAGCUCUAUAUUUAAUCUUGCAAUGGAGUUGGCAGUUUCCUCUUUUCUCCUGCCAUGCCUAAGGUGCUCUUUCUGAGCCUGACCUGAAGGCUGUGGAAAAAUCCCCUUUACAUUUGUGUGCAGAACAUUGCUUGAUUGGAGUUCCUGCUGGGAAGUAUAAACUCAAAUGAUAGCUUUUACAUUUGCCCAGUGCUUUUAUUUCUGUGAUUCUGUGUCUGUACAUAAAUACAGGUUUAUAUGUAUGCAGUAUAGUUUCUGUACUGUAGCAGGAAGAGCUAGGGGUAGCAGGAGUAGUAAAAUCUCAAGGUUUUCAGAGUUAGUUGUAAAAUGGUAGUAUAUGACAAGAGAAAAUCUAACUUGAGUUUCAAUUUGAAGGGAUUGUCAUCAGCAAUCCAUCUUUUUUUAAGCACAUACAAUGUGAAAAUCAAAAUAAGGCUUAUUUUGUCCAUUAAUUUGCAGACCAGAACAGCUCUUCUGUAAGGAAGGAAAUAAAUCUGGCAUUUUAAAAAAGUCUGCAUUCAUGUUUAGAGUUCUUUACCUCUUCUGUGGAUUACCAGCAGAAAGGGCUGUUAAACCUUGCAAUGGGCUGCUCAGGGAGGUGGUGGAGUCAGCAUCCCUGAAGGUGUUCCAGAAACAGCUGGAUAUGGCACUUGCUGCUUUGGUCUACAAGGUGGUCAUCAGUCAAAGGUUGGACUCAAUGAUUUUGGAGUCUUUUCCAAUCUAAAUGGUAGUGUGUUAAUUAUUUAAAAUUAGACCUGUGCUUUUGCCCUUUGUCUCAAAUGUUUGGGAUUCUUCUUAAGCAGUCACUGAAAGUACCUACACAUGAAAACAAUUUUAUAUGUGAGAGGCUGAUAAUUUGUUUGGCAGUAUAAAUACUGUGGGGUUUGCUGUAAUUUGGAAAAAGGCUAUCCUGAGAAAUGGUGCCUGGAUUGCUUCAUGUUUAAUGGAGCAGUGACCUAACAAGCUCCAGAAAUGAUUAGUUAAAACUUGGUCUUAUUUUAUUGCAUUUGUGUGUGAGCUGGAGACACAGGCUUCAUGUGCUGAGAAGUCUUGGAGAGUUUCCAAUGUUGCAAAUGAGUGCUUACAUGGAAUGUAUUUAGAUACCUCCUUUUUAUUUUUUUUUUAAUGGACGAUUUAUUUUGCCAGCUGAAAAAUGUGCUACCUUCAGGAAAGAGACUCAUUUUGUAUUUGCUUUUUAUCAGUUUUCAGUUUCUGAGCCUUUUGUUUUGAGGUGAGAGGAGGGUUUAAAUAAGGGCUAUUUAUUUUUCCUCCCCUAAUACAGACUUCUCUUACCUCAGGCUUUUUUAACUCAGCAAGCAAGGCCUUGUUAAGAUUCUACUGUCUGAGCAAGUGUAGUUUUCUUUAUUGGAAAAGCAGUAUUAGAAGUGUCUGGGAUUUUUUUUUUAGGCAGCUAAAGCAUUGACAGGGUGAGCAUGGCAUGACUAGCUACAUCUUCACAGUUGAGAAAAAAUUACUUGAUGAGCACAUCGUGCAGUCCUUGCUCCAGUCCUUGCUGGAGUCUGGAACAAGGAUGAGGGCUGCUUGUAUAAAAAUCUUGUUGUCAUUCUGUGCUCUGUUUUGAUUUUUCUUCUUUGUCCCCUCCUCCUCCAAACUGAGGACCAGUCCUCAGAUGUCACAGAUGGCCAGAUCCAGUUGGCUCCUGCUGUUUGCUCUCUGCCCUGCCUGGCCUCACGGUCUCCUGCUCUGUCCAAGGCCACAUUGGAGAGGAGGCUCUCAUAACAGGUGUGCAUCAGCCCCUUUGCCAUCGUGCACUGCUCUUCCAUCUGUGUGAUUUGUGGUUCCGCUUAAUGAAGCCUUGGUGUGAGCUGGUGACUCUUCUUUUUUUUCCUCCCCUCUCUGUGGCAGCUUCUUAAAAACUUGACGAUAUCAGUGUUAUGAACUUGAGAUGGGGGAAAGUGGAGUUGUUGAGAGUUCAAGUUAAGCUUUUCAUUACUUUUUAUAAAUUGUAAGAACCUUUGAACUGAAUUAAUGCACCUACUCAUCUCUUACUCCAUGCCAAGCCCUUCCCUCAGAUAGGUAUUAGAACAAGCAGUAACUCAGUGAAUUACAAGCUCUGUAAGCUUUUAUGAGAAAAGAUGAGACAUAUUCUACAGUUUGGACAAGUUGUAAAGUAUUUCUGCUGAAAUGUUAGGAGGUGUUUUUUUCAGAAUCUCACUUGAAAAACCAGAAUCUAUUUCACAGAGAAUCUUCACCAUAAUUACUAUGCAGUGUUUCUGGUAACCAGCUCCCAACACAGAUUUAAUGUAUGCUGUUGCUAUUCUGCAGUGCCAGCCUGCAUCACAGCAUAUUGGCUCCAGGCAUAUCAGGAAACCCUGUUUUGCAAAAAGAAAUGUUAGGGAGGUUUUCCUGGAUGUGAAAAGUCUACCAGCCUAGAUUUUAGUGUGCUUGCCUUUGAUUUGUGCUGGCAUAGAUGUCCUUUAUUUACACUGAUGGUGAACUUUCCUGCUCAAGAGUGAGGUCUCCCUCUUUCUGAAAUGUUAAAUAGGUGUGUAAUUCAUAAUACAGUCAAUAAAAAGAAGGCUUUUGUGGUAGGCAUAUGAUAAAUCAGAUGUUUAAAAGGAAUUUUAAGGAACAUUAUAUGUUAAUAACAGAAAGGAAAGGGAAAAGAACCAAAAAAACAAUUGUUGACUUUGCUGUUACCAAGGAACAAUUAAAAGCAAUAAAGACAUUUCAAGAAAACUUACUGAUUGCUUUCUAUGUGUCUUCAGGACAGAUAUAUUGAGCUAACAUGCUGUCUGAGAUGGAAAAUUUUGUUAGAAUAUGAUAACAGUAGUACCUGGGUAAAAUCUCUGUCUAUGCUCUUCCAAUGUAAACACCUAUUUGUGGAGUUAUUUUUUGCUUUUGCUGUUGCAGAAUGGAUAUUGGUGGAUGCCCUGUGCAUGCUGGCUUUCCUGGGAUGAACUGCAUUUCCCAAAUAAUCAACAGCAAUAGAAAAGUAUUUUAUUUAGGUCUUUGAUGGUAUCAUAUUGAUAGCACUAAAAUGGCAUUGUAGAAAUAUCUUUCUUCUAGAAAGAAACAUUGAGAUGAAACAUUGGCACAUUUAUGUCCAAUAGGAAAGGGGGUUUUCCACAUAAAAGAAGAUUUAAAAUGCUCCAGAAGGUUCCAAGAGUCCAGGUUUAAUUGAGCUUGGGACAUGUUUUAUUUCUGAAAUGUAAAUUUGUUGCUAUUUCUCUCCAGCCAAAUAUAAAUCACGUGUUGAUUUAAGAGUCAUAUAGCAUUAAAAAUCAG